ACAAAGCUACAAACACUGAACCCAGCACGUUGCCAUGAGAAGCCGAAUCACGAAGCCAACAACACAGCCGUAACCUCUUUUACAUCCGAUUCCAAAAUAUCGAAAUUCUCGCUCCAAUCUACUCAGAAUCGAAUCUGCAAUUUGCAAUGAGUGAGAUCACUUCACCUUCGCCGGAAAUUCAAUCCAAUUCGAGUUCUGCUAGCUCCGAUAACGACCCUGACCCUCCCAUCCACCUCCGGUUGCCUCCCCUCUCGUACUCCCUCUUCGACGCUGAACCCUCCGAACCAAACGGCGUCGUUCACGGAUCCGCUUCUUCUGAACCUCCAAAACCCUCGCAGUCGCACGAGGUUGUGAUUCGCGGCUCCUCCGAACCUCCCAGCCCUAGCAGCAGCGGUUACGCCGGGGAAAGAGGCAGCAGCAGCACCACCAGCAUCUCCGCUGCCGAUGACCUAACUCACCACGAAAUUGAGGAGCUCAGCAUCCACGAUGAUCCCCUCCCUCCUCCAACUUCGCUCCCUGGGAAAAGGAAUGCCGAUGAGGAUGAUGCUUCCAUUUCAUGGAGGAAAAGGAAGAAGCAUUUCUUUGUUCUCAGUCAUUCUGGCAAACCUAUAUACUCUAGGUAUGGGGAUGAACACAAACUUGCUGGGUUUUCAGCAACGUUGCAAGCUAUCAUUUCAUUUGUGGAAAAUGGGGGUGACCGUGUCAAAUUGGUGAGGGCCGGAAAUCAUCAGGUGGUUUUUCUUGUGAAAGGGCCUAUUUACUUAGUUUGCAUUAGCUGCACAGAAGAGCCUUAUGAGUCGUUAAGAGGGCAGUUGGAGCUUAUCUAUGGCCAGGUGAUUGUUAUACUGACAAAGUCAAUAAACAGAUGUUUUGAGAGGAAUCCAAAGUUUGAUAUGACACCCUUGCUUGGUGGAACAGACACCGUCUUCUCUUCACUAAUUCAUUCUUUUAAUUGGAAUCCGGCUACAUUUCUUCAUGCUUAUACCUGUCUGCCGCUUACAUAUGCAACAAGGCAAGCUGCUGGUGCUAUCUUGCAGGAUGUUGUGGAUUCAGGUGUUCUGUUUGCAAUACUAAUGUGCAGGCACAAGGUAAUCAGUCUAGUUGGUGCACAGAAAGCCACACUUCAUCCAGAUGAUAUGCUACUGCUGGUCAACUUCAUUAUGUCAACAGAAUCCUUUAGGACAUCUGAAUCAUUUUCACCUGUUUGCUUGCCAAGAUACAAUCCUCUGGCAUUUUUGUAUGCUUACAUCCAUUAUUUUGACGAUGAUACAUACUUGAUGUUGCUGACCACUCGUUCAGAUGCUUUUUACCAUCUCAAGGAUUGCAGGAUUCGUAUCGAAACCGUCCUGUUGAAGUCCAAUGUCCUUAGUGAAGUUCAGAGAUCUUUGCUAGAUGGUGGAAUGCGUGUUGAAGAUCUGCCACCCUUAUCUCCUCAUUCUGGAUCAUCAUCUCAUUUGGGCUAUCCCGGGCUUCCAACAGAUUCUCCUUAUAGAUCGAGGGAACCGGGUUCUGGCACUGGUGGUGCUGCUGGUUUGUGGCAUUUCAUAUACCGAAGUAUAUUUCUGGAUCAAUACGUAUCUUCAGAUUUCUCAUCACCAGUGAACACUCCUCGGCAGAAGAAAAGGCUGUAUAGAGCUUACCAGAAGAUUUUUUCUUCAAUGCAUGAUAAAGGAAUUGGCCCUAACAAAACUCAGUUUAGAAGGGAUGAAAACUAUGUUCUGCUCUGUUGGGUAACACAGGAUUUUGAGCUUUACGCCGCAUUUGAUCCCCUUGCAGACAAGGCCUUGGCAAUAAAGACUUGCAAUAGGGUUUGUCAAUGGGUAAAAGAUGUUGAAAAUGAAAUAUUUUUGCUAGGAGCUAGCCCCUUUUCAUGGUGACUUCCUAUGAAAUACUGUAAAGAUGUACGAUUUGUCAAGUGUCACGCCCACUCCCAAAAUAAAUCUUAAGUCGUCAUCAUCAGCUGUUAAGAGUAUAUGAACUAAAGGUGUUGCUGAAAUGAUGAUUCCUGUGCCUGCAUUAAUAUGGCACUCUUGUUUUGGGGGAACCAACAGCUUGCUCAUUACUUGCCACAGUACCGCAGUUUGGUUGUUAAGUCACUACAAAGUCUGUUAGUUGUAUAGCAUAUAGAUAGACUAUUGAUUCUAGUAGAUUAUUUUUGGGGAACUAUCUCACAAAUAAGCUUAUAUUCAAUACAAUUUUGUUCCGGUUCCAUUCAUAGCACCUUUGUAUCAAUUUUUAGUUUGUACAAGCGAUGAGUAUUUUAUUCUGAUCCCUUUCAUAUAUCAUCCGUCAGACGGGGCAUGCUUGUGUGUAAUGUGCAUUAUAUUUAUUUUAGUUUUGUAUUACAUCUAAAGAGUAAAUGCAUCCACUAAAAGAAUUUCAUAAAUAUGGGGAGAAUUAACUUCUUUUUUUUUUGGUCGAUGGAUUGGACAGCUCCUAAUCCUAGGCAUUACACAUACUCACACACACCACACCCACACACAAGAUAUCCCGUUUUUUGUCAAGUUUGCAUUAGAUUAGGUUCGAACCUCACACCUCAUAAUAAGAAAGGAGGACAUAUGCCAUGGGAGCUAAAGCUCAUUGGCGGGGAGAAUUAACUUUAAGCUAGGGAUUGCACUCGCAGAGACCCUUGCUGUUUUAAUGUGCUUGGAUUGGGCUGUUAAAUUCUUAAAGAUGCUGGCAAAUAAGUAAUAUUCCAACAAAAUGUUAAUUUGAUGGGGUUGGUUCAACAUGGGUAUCAUCAUUUUUUUUCUGGGUAGACCUGUCAUCAUAUGUUGAAUGAGCGUAUUAUAUUUUGUGCUUAUUAUGUAUACAAGAAUUUAUGGGAUGGUGAGAAUUUGGAAAUGGGUAAAUCACUUUGGGUAAAUUGGAAUCAUUGGGGUGGAAAAGAAAAGAAAAAUAUUGCCUUUAUAGUUGGUUUAUAUUCAGAAAAUAUGUAGCAUAUGCAUAUGGUUUUGCAGUAUGAGCUUCGCCAUAAGAAGUCAAUUUCCUUUACAGUGAAAGCAAGACAAUAACUAGCUCAACUUGUUCACAUAACAUGGCCUUGGAGAACAUAAUUCAUGAAGUACUUUCAAUUGGUAUCGUUUUGAUUUUCUCCAUGCCUUUUUCCUUCUUAUUUCCCAUAUGUUAUACAAGAUGGAAAGGCAUCUUAAUUCGUCAAGAUGAUUUCACAUGCCAUUGUCCAUAUGCAAUGGCAUACUGCAUACAUUUGUUUUUUUCUUCCCACCUUCAAUAGCACAAUGUUAUUUGGAUCUUUGAAAGCUACAAUACGAGUAGUAGUAGUAGAAGAACAAGAUUAUGAAUUUAUAACACUAUAUUGUAUUUUAUUAUUUUUUAAUUUUAUAUGCAUGAAAACAAUGUCAGUAGCUAGUAAUGGCACAUGAAUACAUGGUUCUCAUUUAA